AUGGAAAGCAUGGAGAUGGAACAAAUGAGCGAGAUUGAGAGAGUUGAGGGAGAGGAACUGGAAAGAACAAGAGAGGAGGAAUCACAGGAUCAUGUGGAGAGAAUUCCUCCAUGGACUAAACAGAUAACAAUCAGAGGACUCAUUGCCAGCUUAGUUAUUGGCGUCAUGUAUAGUGUGGCGGUAAUGAAAUUGAAUCUCACAACCGGGGUACUCCCCAAUCUCAAUGUCUCUGUUGCUUUAUUGGCCUUUGUUUUCAUCCGGACAUGGACUAAUUUGCUCCAAAAAGCUGGGUUUGUAACGACUUCCUUCACUCCACAAGAGAACACCAUCAUUCACACUUGUGCAGUGACUUGUUAUAGCAUUGCUAUUGGAGGAGGAUUUGGGUCUUAUCUGUUGGGUUUAAACAUGAAGACAUAUGUGCAAGCAGGGGUCAAUACAGAGGGGAAUAAUCCUUGGAGCACCAAAGAACCUGAGAUUGGUUGGAUGACGGGAUUCCUAUUCGUGACUAGUUUUGUGGGGUUGCUGGCAUUAGUUCCUCUUCGAAAGCUCAUGAUAAUUGACUACAAGUUAACUUAUCCGAGCGGAACUGCCACUGCACUUCUUAUUAAUGGCUUCCAUCAUCCCAAAGGAGACAAGAUUGCUAAGAAGCAGGUCUUUGGAUUCGCGAGAUCCUUUUCGUUUAGUUUUCUUUGGGCUUUUUUUCGAUGGCUCUAUUCCGGUGGAGAUCAAUGUGGAUUUGCUCAAUUUCCUACAUUUGGAUUAAAAGCUUGGAAAAAUUCGUUUUACUUUGAUUUUAGCAUGUUAUAUGUCGGAGCUGGAAUGAUUUGUUCUCAUCUUGUGAAUUUGUCCUUGCUUCUUGGAGCCGUGCUCUCCUGGGGAAUAAUGUGGCCAUCGAUUCACGGACGUAAGGGAGCAUGGUUUCCAGUAAACCUUCCAGAAACCAGCAUGAAAAGUCUAAGUGGAUACAAAGUUUUUGUCUCUAUUGCUCUGAUCCUAGGUGACGGGCUCUACAAUUUUCUCAAGAUACUAUUUUUUACCGCCAAAAACAUUCGUGAAAGAGUCAGAAGAAUCCAUGCCAGAGUGAUACGAACUUCAGAGAGAGAUAAUCUAAAUCUGGCUGUAGAUGAUCUGAAGCGCAAUGAAUUAUUCACAAGAGAGAGUAUUCCAUUGUGGGUAGCAUGUGCAGGGUACAUGAUCUUCUCCGUCAUCUCCAUUAUCGUCAUCCCUUUUAUGUUCCCUGCAUUGAAAUGGUACUUCGUCCUCGUUGCCUACAUUCUUGCACCUUCUCUUAGCUUCUGCAAUGCUUAUGGCGCUGGUCUAACAGGCAUGAACAUGGCCUAUGAUUACGGAAAAGUAGCACUCUUUGUUCUUGCUGCAAUAUCUGAAAAAGAAAAUGGAGUAGUUGCAGGACUUGUGGGCUGUGGUAUAAUUAAAUCGAUCAUUUCAAUCUCUUCCGAUUCGAUGCAUGAUAUGAAGAUUGGCCAUCUCACUCUCACUUCUCCUCGAUCAAUGAUUCUUAGCAAAGCCAUUGGGACAGUUAUGGGUUGCGUGGUUGCUCCGCUUACGUUCUUCCUCUUCUACAAAGCGUUCAAUGUGGGCGAUGGAGAAUACAAGGCGCCAUAUGCCAUUCUCUAUAGAAACAUGGCAAUUCUUGGGGUGGAAGGCUUCUCCACCCUGCCUCAGCAUUGCUUGUACCUCUGCUAUGGAUUUUUCGCAUUUGCCAUGACAGUGAACUUGAUAAGAGACAUGUCUCCUAAAAAUAUUGGAAAAUGGGUUCCGCUUCCAAUGGUCAUGGCUAUGCCAUUUCUGAUUGGGGCUUACUAUACGAUUGAUAUGUGCAUUGGGAGCGUGAUUGUAUUUGCAUGGCACAAGAUAAACAGGACAAAGGCUGAACUAAUGGUUCCUGCAGUGGCUCCAGGCUUGAUAUGUGGAGAUUUAUUAUGGAUACUCCCUUCGUUGAUUCUUGCUUUGGCCAAGGUUCGCCCUCCGAUAUGCAUGAGCUUCUUGGCUUCCAAGUAG